AUGCAGGUAGUUUCAGACUGGGCCAACUUGAAGUACCUUUAUGACAAGAUAAAUAUAGGCAAAGUAAUAUACAGAAAUUUGAGGGAGCUAAGCACAAAUUAUGAAUAUAACUUCGACGAGGAGAUAGGAAAUUUUACAAACCUCAGGACGAGAAUAAUGGUAGAGCAGUAUAGAGGAAUGAAUAGUAAUUUAUUAAGGUUAUACAAAGAAUAUUUAUUUUUUUUUGAAACGUUUAAAAAAAAAAAAUUGUUAAAAGAGAAAAAGAAAGUAUUAUAUACAAAUGAUGUAUUUGAAAAGAAUAAAAAAGUAGAGUACGCAUUUGAGCAAGAAAAUGUGUUAAUAAUAUAUAACAUAGGUUUAAUAAGUACGAAUAUAUUGAAAAUAAAGAAAGACUCGGAGGAUAAUAUAAAAUUGUUAAAUAAAAUGUCUAACGAAAUUGUGGAUGUAUUUAAUUAUCUAUUUCAAAAUAUGAAUGACGAGAAGUUGGAAGAACUGACGGAUAUCAAUUGUAUAAGUAGCUAUAUUUUUUUAUGUAUUUCACUAGCAUAUCAUGAAAAUAUGUUUUAUAAUACAGCUAUAUUGAAAAAAUACAAAAGAAAUUUAUUGGCAAAAUUAUCCUAUAACAUAUAUACACAUUUUAACAAUGCGCUAACUUGUUUAGAUGGAAAGAUAAUGCUGGAUGUGUUUAAACAAUCGAGUAAUUUUUAUGUAGCGAAGAAUAAUUUACAGUAUAUAAGAAAUACUAAUGGCAAUUUUUACAAUUUUGUACAGGUAAAUCAAAUAAUUUUUAUAAGUAUAAGUAACUACCAUAUGGCUUUGAAAUAUGCUCAAUUAUGUCCCCAUAAAGAAGAAGUAAGUGUUCAAAAAUAUGAAGAGGAUAAAAUAGCUGAAAUUAUAUGCAGAUUGAAAUAUAGUUUAGAUAAUAUAAAUAGAGGAGUUGAUCUGUGCAAGAAGUAUAAUCUUAAUGUUAAUAUAAUUUCCUUAAGAGAAAAAAUUAUUAAAGCGUUAGAAUAUUUCGAAUAUGAAAAUCAAAAUAUAUAUUUUGAAAUCAUACCAUCUUAUGAGAGUUUAUAUCCUAUUAAAGGUACGGAAGUUAUUAAAUUAAAAAAUGUAGACAUAUCAAAUUUGUAUAUAAAAAAAAAUAUUUCUAACAAUUUAAAACUUCUAUUUAAUGAUAAAGCUAAACAGGUGUAUAAUCAAUAUAACAGUGAAGCAUUAACACUGUACGAUUUUUACAAUAAGAAUUAUUUAAGCCUAAAUGAUCAAUAUAAAUUAAUAAAUUUAUCCUGUAGGAAGAAUAUACUACAAACACUAAAUAAUGUUAUCAUAAACACAUAUAAUAAAAUUAAACAGCUAUACAAUCCAACUUUAUUUGAUAACAAUUUAAAUGUCCUUAUAAAUAUUGACAAAAAUUUAAAAGAUAUAUUAAUACAAACAGAAAAUAGUUUAGCAAUGGAACAUAAAAAUCAUGUCGAAUUUCAAAAAAAAUAUGUCAAUGUAGGUAUCAACCAAGAAUCUAUAAAUUCAUAUAACACUUUUUUAUUUCAUUUAAAUAAUUUUAAAAAGGAUUCAGAGGAAUUAGAAAAAAGUAUUCAAGGGUUUACAAAAUUUUUGGAAAAUAAUUAUUCGACUCUUCAAGUGUGCGAAAUGGAUGAUAUAUCAAACUUUUUCCGUUUCAUAGUUGAUGAACUUAAUAAUUAUACUAAUGUAAAUAUAAACUCAUUAGAUAGUGAAUAUUUAUUUUAUAAAAAUUUGCUCUCUGAAGAUAGAGAGAAGGAAAAAGAAAGGUAUUCUAACUCAGCUAGUAGUAGUGUAGGUGAUAUUCAAGAAAAUCCAACUAAUACUAAUACUCCUUCUUUGAAUUAUACUGAUUUUUAUAAUUUUCUAAAAAGUAAUAAUUUAUCCUUUGCAAUGCAGAACAAUAUUAAUAAUCAGACCUUGUUUCAUUACAGCACGUUAAGCAAGUAUAUUAAUGUUCACUCAGAGGAAAAGCUUUUUUUCGUCAUCAUAUCUAUUUAUUUUUCUUUGAGUAUACAGCUAGCCAAAUUCGAGGAAGACUUAGCCGAGAUAAAAAACAGUCUUCACGACUAUUUUCUCAACGCUAUAACGGAAGAAAAUGAUAGUGACAAGCUGAAUGAGAUACUGGAAAAGCAAAAGGGGUUAUUAAAUGCAAAAAAAAUAAAAUUAGAGGAAAACGUUUCAACUUUUGAAAGGGAUCUCAAUCAAUUUUAUGACUACUACCACGAGUAUAAUAAACUUGACAACUUCAAGGCCGUUGAAGACCUUAACAAGUUCAUUAAUGAGCUUAAGAAAAAUUUUGACAAAUUAAAUGAGAUGCAUAAGAAGAAUUCAUUUACUUUGAAAAAUUCGCUUAUGCUUAAGGAUGACAUAAAUAGAUACAUAUAUAUGAGGGAGCGCGAACGGUCGAAUAUAAGAGUACAACAAAUUCCAAAUAAUUACCAGGGGAACUAUCACAACAGGCGUUAA